AUGUCUAAUAAAGAUGAUGAAAUAAUGCGACGUAUGUGUCAAAUGUUAGUUGGUAUUAAUGCAGCUAGUGGAUCAUUACAAUUUGAUCGAAAUGAAUUUUCACGUUUACCUGAUGAUACACAAACAACAAUUGAAAUCAAAGAAGAUGAUUUCCAACAAGUAUAUGAUGCUUUAUAUCAUUCACUUACAAACGGUUUUUAUAAAUUCGCGGUACGAAAAAAUGGUCCAACGAUACAAUUUAUUGCUGCACAAUUCAAGAAUUCAAAUAUGAAACAAAGUCAACUUGAACCAAGAGUAAUUGAAGCAGUGUUAACAAAAAUCAUCGAUAAUGUAGAUCAAUAUCCACAAUUAAAAGAAAUGAAAUGUAAUUUAUCAUAUUCUGAUGAUGGAUCAUCAUGUAUGACUCCAAAAGGAGUACGAUGUUUUUGUAUUAAAGCAAAAGAAUAA